GCUGAAACAAGUUUUGCCGGUGAAAUUGAAAUAAAAGCUUCAAUUCAUUCACUAGAAACCAAUGAUAAAGGCCAAACUUUUGAACAAAUUGAUAAAAAUAGUUAUUUAUUAAUUGAAAUACAUGAUACUGGUAUCGGCUUUUCACAAGUAGAUUCAUCAAUAACUAGACGACAAGAUGGUAUAGGGCUUGGCCUUUCAAUAUGUAAAAAUUUGGUAUCAAUUAAUGGUGGUGAAAUUAAUGCUGAAAGUCAGUUAGGAAAAGGAAGUAAAUUUUGGUUUACAUGGAAUAUUGGAUUAUUAUCAUCAUCAUCUACAACACAAUUCCCAUUUAACUCAUUGUCACAUUCUGUAAAAUUAAAAAGAAUGUUAAUAGUUCAUCCUGUAGAAAGUGCGAGAAGUGCUAUGGUUAAAUAUCUUGAGUGUGUAGGAAAAGUUGAUGCAUUUGAUACUUUCGAUAAAAGUAUUCAAGAAAUGAAAAAUUAUAAAAAAUUAUAUAAUCAAUCUGCAUAUGAUAUAGUACUUAUCAGACUUUAUGAAAAAAACAAAGAAGAGGUUAUAAAAACUGUAAGAGAGAUAAAUUUAUGUAGUAGUGAUUUAUUAAUAACAUUUAUAGUGCCUUCGGGUCAUAGAGGAAAAGAUUUGGCAGAAAGAGUAAUUAGAAAAGUUGAAGGACAAACUGCUAUUAUUUAUACUCCAAUUACAUGGAAAAAGCUUAUUAGUCAAUUGUCAAAUCUGAGUAAUACUUGUAAUAAUAUUAUCGACAAAAAUUUUCUUGGUGAGAGUAUAAGUGAGAUUACAAAUACUUUGAAAAGAAUUGAUGAAAAUCUAGAUUUAUUCGAAAAUGAAAACAAAAAUGAUUCUAAAAGUAGGUCAAGAUCCGUUUCUAAAAGUAAAUGCAUUCUAUGCGUGGAUAAUAACUCCACUGAUUUAAAUAAUACGCUUCAGCAACUUUCAGAAUUUGGUUAUUCAACAAUUUUUGCAACAAAUGGCCAAGAAGCAAUUGAUAUAAUGAAAUCAGAAUCUGAAUUAUCAAAUAUAAUAAAACCUUGCAGAAUUUCUUUAAUUUUAACGGAAUGUAAUUUA